AAUAAUCCUGCUCACCUACAUCAUGGCGGCGAGGGGCCAUGUGCAAGACCCCAACGACAGGCGACUGCGACCUAUUUACGAUUACCUGGACAAUGGCAAUAACAAGAUGGCAAUCCAGCAGGCCGACAAACUGCUCAAGAAGCACAAAGAUCUUCACUGCGCAAAGGUCCUGAAGGCUAUUGGUCUGCAGCGCACAGGCAGACAGGAUGAAGCGUUCACGCUGGCACAGGAAGUGGCUGUUCUCGAGCCAACAGACGACAAUUCCCUUCAGGCACUGACCAUCCUCUACAGGGAAAUGCACCGGCCCGAGUUAGUGACCAAGCUGUAUGAAGCGGCAGUCCGGAAGGUUCCGACAAGCGAGGAGUAUCACUCCCACCUCUUUAUGGCCUACGCUCGUGUCGGGGAAUACAAGAAAAUGCAACAGGCUGGAAUGGCGCUGUAUAAAAUUGUCCCCAAAAAUCCCUAUUACUUCUGGUCUGUUAUGAGCUUAGUGAUGCAGGCCAUCUCAGCACAAGACGAGAAGCUCUCUCAGACCAUGUUCCUGCCGUUAGCUGAGCGAAUGGUGGAGAAAAUGGUAAAAGAGGAGAAGAUUGAGGCAGAGGCAGAGGUGCAGCUGUAUUUUAUGAUCCUGGAGCGUUUGGGGAAGUAUGUGGAGGCACUGGAGGUGGUGCAGGGGCCACUUGGAGAGAAGCUGACCAGUGAACUUCAGAGCCGUGAGAACAAAUGCAUGAUGUUGUACCGUCGUCUGGAGCACUGGCCCGAGUGCAACGCUCUCUCCUGCAAACUGCUCCUGAAAAACCCUGAUGACUGGCAAUUCUACUUGAUGUAUUUUGACUCUUUGUUUCACCUGAUCAAUCAGAGCUGGACGCCCUCACAGGAAGGAGCACAUUCUGCAGAAGGGGAGGUGCACUCCUCCGUGGCCCAGGCCAUCAGCUUCAUAGAGGAGCGCUUGAACACAGAGGAGGCGAAAGAGUCCAAACAUCUGAGAGGACCCUAUCUGGCCCGUCUGGAGCUUAUUAAACGCCUCCGAGAACACAGCUGUCCUGAAGCACAGCAGCUAGGUGAACCUCUGGAGCUCAUGUUUCAGAUUUUCGUGAAGUUUGGAGACAAGCCGUGUUGCAUCACAGACCUGAAGAUCUUUGUGGAUCUUUUAAGUCCUAACCAACAUGUGCAGUUUAUAAACAGGCUGAUGGAGGCUGUGCCACUGGGCGCUCCAGGAGAGGAUGGUGUCGCCCUGCCGGCAGACACGCGGGCUCUUCAGAGACACCUCUGUGUGACCCAGCUCAGUCGCUGUCUGGGUUUACAGCAUGCUCUAAACAAGGAGGGCAAACUGGACGUCAUCAAAGAGCUAAAGGCGCAUUACCACCAUGGCUUACAGUUCGGAAAGUCGUGUUUAAAAACGGAGUUACAGUACUCGGAUAUGUACUGUCUGAUGGCAGCGCAUGUCUAUAUAGACCUGUGGACUGAUACAGGUGAUCAGAAUAUGUUAUGGCAGAGUCUGGGGAUGUUAGAAGAAGGUCUCGCUCAUAGUCCCUCUAACGCUCAAUUCAAACUGCUGCUUUUGCUCCUGUACUGCCGUCUGGGGGCAUUCGAGCCUGUGGUAGAUCUUUACUCCAGUCUGGACGCCAAACACGUCCAGCACGACACCAUAGGGUAUUUAUUGACCCGCUAUGCAGAGUCUUUGGGCCAGUUUGCUGCUGCUUCCCAGUCUUUUAACUUCUCCCUCAGGUUUUUUCACUCCAACCAGAAAGAUACCUCAGAAUACAUUAUUCAAGCUUAUAAGUACGGUGCUUUUGAGAAAAUUCCUGAGUUCAUCGCCUUCAGGAACCGACUCAAUCACUCGCUGCACUUCGCCCAGGUGCGCACAGAGAGGAUGCUGCUCGACCUCUUCCUGGAAGCAGACAUAUCAUCUACUUUAGAGGAGAGCGUUAAAGCAAUGUCUCUGUGUCCGGAAGAGGAUGAUGUCCCGUGGGACAACUUAAGGGACAACCGAGACCUGACUGUCCUCGUCAGCUGGAACCCUAAAGAAUGGGAGUUGAAUGAAGAGCACCAGCAGCGUUCUGUCGAGGACGAGACCUUAUGGCUGAAGUUGCGAUCGCUCACUCUGCGUCUGAUUGGCUGCAUCUCGGCAUUGAGUCACCCACCCACGCCUCGUAACUCAGAAAAGACGACUGAGAAUGGAAUUUCAGCCAAACCGUCGUCUCUACAGUCACUGCUGUCCCAACUAGAGAACACACUAAACCAGGCCGUACAGUUUACGGAAAAACACGGACAGCAUCAGUACCCGUUUCUGGGUCCUGUCCAGUCUCGGUUGACUCAGGCUCUGUCCAGCGGUUGCUGUCAGUGUCAGCUGUCCUCUCUACAACUUCCUCUCCACCUCCAGGAGCUCGAGACCGCCGGUCUAGAUGAAUCAACGGAGCUUCAGACACAAAUCUCAAAUCUUUUCAAGUCUUUAACAGUACAACUUCAAGGCAUGUUGGAAAAAUGUAAAGGUGACCUGUUUGAAGUUAAAGAUGGUCAAAGCAAGACACAGCCCUCCCUAAUAGAAAACCUAGUCUACUUUGUUGAAACCAUUAGUAUCAUCCUGUGGGUGUGUAAUUACUGUGGUAGUGUUCUCCGACCCCUAAAGUCCAGCUUACAAAAGAAGAAGAAAAAGAAAAAAGACUGCAGCAUCGUUACGCCGAUAGUGCUGACAGGCUUCCAGGAGUUCAAUGGCAGCUUGCAGAGUCUCCUAAGCCAGUCCAUAGAACUCAUAAAGAGACAGGAAACCAGCCUGAUUGCACUUAAGCUGGGGUCCCUUACUCUGGACGGACAAACCCAGACUGAGGCGGAGGCGACCUUCACGAAGAGCGCAAUCGAUAAGGUGCAGAGCAGCUACCUGCGUUCACUGCAGGAGAUUGGGGAACUGUUGAAGAAGCGAGUGGACACGUUGAAAUCCCUCAAAAUCUGAGAGCUCCAUCAAUCCACCAACCAAUCCAGUCCCUGACCUGCACGGCUCCAUGCGGUGGCGUCCUCUGUCCCUAACACGUCCUUAUGUCUUUCUGUCUCUGUAUGAAUGCAAAGUCUGUGAACUCAACAAGUCGAGCCUACCGGAGUCUCCCUUGUCUUACCUUCUUUACCUUUUAUUUAUGUCUCAUUACUCGCAUACAGAUGCAGGCACACUGUAAAGUUCAACAACGGCUUCAGCACAAAUGUGUACGGUGCUCCAAGCAGCACUUUUAAGUGGAAAAAUAAACUUCAUAUCCCUAGCAAAACUACAUAGGCGAACGAACAAGCAGUUUUAGAAGUACUGCUAUAAAUUAUUGUACAUAGUGUGAAGAUAAAGAUCAACAAGAACUCCUUGAUUAAUUAAAUUGAACUGCUUUUUCCUUGUCGAUGUCUUGCGUUAUUGUCUCAAUAUAACUUCCCAGCCAUAGACCACGCCGAAAGCACCCAACACUCCAAAGUGAGACCCCUAUCGGUGCCACUGCGUAUCUCAAGUAACCAACAUCGAGACUUCGAUCCAACUUCCAUGCUGACACUUUCCGCAAUGUGUUUACGUAGCUAUUCGCGAUGCAUUAGCUCGACAUUUUCGCACAACAGCCAAGAGCUACAUAGUUGGAAGGAGAUCAGAUGUGUUGCGUACAUUUUUGGGAAAACGCAUGAUGGUGAUCAGGGCGGGGUGAUGUAACAAUCCUAUAAACGAUUUUUUCAGACGCUUUCAUCAGUAUAUUUGUUCCCAAAUCAGCUAAUGUUGGGUGCUUAUAUUACGAUAUUGUUUGUAUGUUACAAAUGACAUUACUUGAGUCACAAACAUUCGAAAUGUAGCUUUCCCUACGGUUUGUUCUGACAAAGCAUUGGAUUUGUCACCAAAUACAUCAACGUAACAGCAUUGACUGCUACAUUAAAGAUGCUGAUGUCUAUGGAACAUGGCGAGAGUUUAAAUUGAUUUGCGUUAAGGUUCAAAGAUCAAAUUUGAAAUUAAUUUAAUGCUUAAAUAUACAAAUGAAUGGUUUUGUCAAUGGUUGGUUGAAUCGUUUACGUUUGAACUCAUAAAACUUGCACUGAUUGUCCCUUAAAUUGUGAGGUUGUAUUAUUAUUGAUACCAAAAACAUCAAAAUUAGCCUUGCAUUAGCGCCACAUAAGCAUGGUAGAGAUAGGUUUUUAUAAGACUGAAUUGUUGAUGUCUAACGGAAAGUGCAACUGUUUACAAUGUUUUCGAACACGAAUCAUGUUUAUAGUGAUAUCGCGUGUUAAACGGUGUUCUGCAAUCUAUGAGCUUUCACUGCUUUAUACCUGGGGGCGGGGGGGAUAGAUGCUUUUCUCUUUUGUCAAGCUUUUUUAUUAUUUUAAUUAAAGAAGAGGAUAGAGGACCGCUUGUGCAAUGAACGAUCCUUCUGUUGAUCCGGCCUCUGGAAUGUCCAAUAUUUCAGAACUGAAGGGCUCAUACUACAUUCUCACGGUCACAAACAACGAGGAUGACAACAUUUCUGAACUGAGGAGAUCAUUUGGAGAUGUCAAGAGGGGGUUGGAAAUGGGUCAGCUGUUUAUUUCUUUUGUUUGGGAAAUUGAUUAAAAACAAAGACACUGGAAUGUGAAAAGGAGUUUUUUUUUUGUUUUGUUUUUUUUUUUUUUAAAUAAAAUGUAAAUGUUCCACAUGUCGUGUCCACAUUUGCUUUCUUGUUUUAUUUAUUUUAAUUUUGUGUGCACAUAGUUUGGCAUUAGAAAUGAGUCGGGUUGGUUUAUAUGGUUUUAAUUAGCAUUAUAGUCAUAUUGCUUUUUUGUUUUUAAAUUAACAUGAUUUUUUUUUUUUUUUUUAUAAAUAUUCCUGAUCUUUUUGUGAAUAAUUCAUUGGUGCAUGUCAUUCCAAAAUCAAAUGGAAUGACAUCACCAAGCCCGAUUAUUAUUGAACCACUCCCCUCGAAUGACCUGACCAACCACUGGGCAGUGCCAUGAGGAUUCUGAUUUGCCAUUGGAUUGUUUUCUUGUUCUGGUCUCCAUAAGAAGCCAUGUAAAAAAAAAAAAAUACAGAAAUGAGCGUUGCAGACAGAACAACAACCAUUUGAUUGUCUUAACGUGAAGAGGUUUAUGAUAUCAACGUAACUAGCCUUGUGAAUUUGCUUCAUGUCAUCUACCCACUCCUUAAUCUUUGAAGGGUGAAUCGCUGUAAAACAAACAAACAAAAAAAGGUCAUUGCGACUCCGUAAAGUAUCGCCAAUAUGGAGCCACUUGUUUGUUUUUCUAUUUGUCAAUUUUUACAAAUUCAAUUCGUUAAAAAUCACAUUACCGGCGUAAAGCCGAUGCAAGUGAAUACACUGUUUUUUUCACUUGGAAGUGAAGCCAUUACGUAUGUAAAUAUACAUUACAUAGGCUACAUUUUGAGAUCAUCAUGGAACGCUGUUUCAUGUUAAAUUUAAAAACGAUUUUAUCUUAAAAUAUUGACUGAUUGGCGGGGUUUCAUUUCAUUAAAGGAUUUUGACACUUCCAAAUGAAAAGUAACUUGUUUAACAUCACAUCUGAAUGUUGUACUUAGGCGAAAUUUAACUUUAUGUCAGAACAAAUUGGAUCGUAAAAACUGGUUGAGAGUAAACCAGAUACAGUUAUUCAAAUAACUACGACAACUUUACGUUAAACUGCCGUGCCUCAACACAGGCCCUUCGGAUUAUUAUAUUACACGUACAAUUAUAUAAUACAUUCCUUUAAUAUCACUGAAUUUAAAAGAAAAUAAAUUGCUUCAUUCUGUUAUUUUUGUGACAGGAUCUGGUGAUUGUGAUCUACAAAAAAUGUUCACAGCGAUUUUGGAGGUAAAUCUGUAGACUCAAACUUACAAAAAAUGCGUUAAACUGAGAUGCGAGUGGCCUAUUAUUACCAGUGUUGGGUGUAAUGCAUUACUAAGUAAUUAAUUACUGUAGUUACUUUUUCAUUGAAUAAAGUAAGGGAUUACUCUUAAUUUUGCAGUAAUUACAGUUACUUCUGAUGUAAUUGUGUUAAAUACUGUAUAGACUACAAAACAAUUCUAUAUAAAACUAUAGUGAAUUUAAAAUCGAAAUUUAAUGUCAAAUGUUAAAAUUUGUUUUCUAAUUUAACGCUGCCCCUUUAAAUUCUUUGUCCAGUUCAUGAAUAAUGUAUUUGAUUUUAUAUGAUUCAUGUGAAAGAAUUAAAAGAACAGUUUCAUCUCUA